AUGCCAUCUCUGAGGAAGAAGUUAAUGUUUCUGGGAGGAUUUUCUGUCAGUCUGGUGACUUGCAUGUUAAUAUCUGCAAUAUUAGCAAUGGAUUCAUGGGUUGACACUGCAGUAACCUGCGAGAAUAAAAGUGGUGAUGCAGUCGGAGAAAUGAACCUUAAGUAUGGAUUGUUUGAUGGACAGCGUGAAAAAUCUGGCUGUCCAAUUUUCAUACCUGAUGGCAGUAUAAAAGUUUUGGAAUGUUUUAAAAAUGCAAACACUGCAAGAGCAAUCCACAUCCUAGUUAUCCUGUUCAUUGUGUUUGGGUUGUUGUUUUCACUGCUAAGUGCCAUAGUCACCCUGUACAAUAGCAUCAGUAAUCCAUAUGAGAACAUCUGUGGGCCAGUCGGUGUUUACACUUGUAGCUCCAUAAGUUGUGUUUCAACAUUUCUGGCAAUGGUUCUAUUUGCAGUGAAUACAUCAGUGAACAAUUUAUCCACAGUAUUGAUAAGCAACUCAAUUCAAGAAGGCCUGGCCACAUUCAGGCUUAAGGUUGAUAAUUAUGAUUAUUCAUUUUGGCUUAUCUUGCUGUCUCUGGCUCUUAAUGUCACUACAAUUGGAAUCGUCUACGCAUAUCAACAUGCAAAUUAUACAAGAGAAAGAGAACAGAAAAGACCGAUGGAAAUCGCCCCGAAGGAUGUUUUGAUGUAUUAA